UUGAAGAGUCAUUGAAGCUCAAGAGCGAGAUUCUUUUCACUUUAGUCUCCGAUUUGAACACGAUGACAUCUCCAACGUUUGUUUUCUACCUGACUUGUAUGUUCUUGUGGGGAAAGGCGCAGGAGACACAGCGCUCCUUUCUUCGUCAAGAGAGUCGCUUCAAAUCAGUAAAUGUUGGUGACAGUGUAAUUUUGCAAUGUUUCUAUGGAAGAGCGUCAACAUGGUUUUACUGGUAUAAGCAAACACUGGGACAGAACCCAAAGCUCAUUUCUUCAUUCUACAUCCGUCGUGAAAGUAUGACAUUUUAUGAUGAAUACGAAAACAACCCCCGCUUCACACUGGAAGCUGGAAUUGAUAAAAACCAUUUAAGUAUUACAGAUUUGCGUAUUUCAGACUCAGCUACUUAUUACUGCGCACAUAGAGCUUCCACCACCGUUGAAUUUGCAGAAGGCGUCACAGUCAGUGUAAAAGGUUCAGGUUUGAAUGUUAACACUUCACUUCAUCAGUCUUCAUCUGAGAUCGUCCAGCUAGGAGACUCUGUGACUCUGAACUGUACAGUACACACUGGGACCUGUGAUGGAGAACACAGAGUUUACUGGUUCAAAGACUCUGAAGAAUCUCAUCCAGGACUCAUUUACACUCAUGGAGGGAGGAAUGAUCAGUGUGAGAGAAAAAUUAACACAAAAACACGCACCUGUGUCUACAACCUGCCAAUGGAGAACCUGAAUCUGUCUCAUAAUGGGAUCUACGACUGUGCUGUUGCCUCAUGUGGACACAUACUGUUUAGAAAUGGGACCAAGCUGGAGUUGAAGAAUGAGGGGGUUUCUCUUGUCUUGGUGUGUUGCUUGAGUGGUGCUUUGGCAUUCACCACUAUCCUGACACUUUCACUGGCUGCCUUACUGUACACACACGAGAGAAAAGGCCAGCAAGUUACAGAGUCUCAUGAAAGAUUUUCGGCUUCAUACCCAAUGAACUCAGAGCAGAGUUUCCAGGCUGAAGAAAACCUCCAUUACGCUGCUUUAAGAGUAAAGAAGGCCAAUCGAUCGAGAAGUCGAAGAGAUGACACAGAGACAAUAUGUAUCUACUCUGGUGUUAGGAAAUAAAACCAAUCAUGUUUCAGUUUUGUCUCUCUAUAGCAAGAUGUGAGUAGUUCUAUAAAAAAAUACUAUAAACUAAACAGAAAUAAAAAUCUCUCUGGCUGGUUUUGAAGACAAGUCGAAGUGCAUCAUGAAUUGUCCCUUUGUAUUUGAUCAUGGGAAAAUAAAAUUUAAUUACGUUCCAUCAAUAUUUUAUUCUCACACUGUAGCAGGUCCUGAUUCAUACCACAGGGAAAAUCCUUUAUAGAAGCCACAGCUACAAUUUCUAUUUUUAUUUAAUAUGAAAUGAGAUAAUCCAGUGUGUUACGGUGAUGGGAUAUAACUCAAAAUCAAUACAAUAAUGAAAAUGAAAAUGAUUAAAAUUGCAGAUUGUUAGAAUAACCUAGUGUGGAUAAAUGGUAGCAGAAGAUGAGAUUAAGUUUUUUAGGAUUUUGUGAAGUAUUUUGUAAGGAUGAUUUGAACAGUGCUAUACAAAUGGAGACUUCAUAUUGAUGGAUAAAAGUGAGACUAUUCACUGCUUGUCUCACCUACCAGUAUUGCUACUAUUAAUUGUGUUUCUAUGCCACUCAGGAUCUUUUUUCAGCAGUUCAAUGUGUUUAAUUGUUUUGUAAUUGUAAUAAUAAAUUCUUGGUUCCC